CACCGCCAUCCCCAACCAACUUGGGUCCCUUUUGCAGAGGAAGCUCUGUACAUGGCGUCGGUCCCAUUCACAUUGACUCACCCAUUCAUAAAUUCCCAAUAAAAAGGGUCUUUCAAUUUCAUCUUCCAAUUCCCAUUUGCAUUACGCCAACACCCUCCAUUAAUUUCUCACUCUACUGUUCACCCAACACUCAAAACCCCACAAACCCCAAAAUGAAAUCCGAGCUUUCACCGACAAUGGCGGCUCCGAACAAGGAGACCCCAUGUUUCCUAUCUAGAAAGGCUCGCUACAAGUUCUGGGCCUUGGCCGCCAUUCUUCUCCUCGCCUUCUGGUCCAUGUUCACCGGCUCCGUCUCACUCAAAUGGUCCGCCGCAACCUUCGCCAAACUCUACGACGGCCCCCGCAAGCCGAUCUUUGAUGAUCUUGAUAUUUUGGAAGUUGAAGAGCGGGAGAGGGUUGUCCGCCAUAUGUGGAAUCUGUACACCCACGGCGGCGGCGGCGGCCGGUUGCCUAGAUUUUGGUCGGAGGCUUUUGAAGCGGCGUACGAGGAAUUGAUCGGUGAUGUUCCUGCUGUUCGUGAUGUUGCACUUUUGGAGAUCGCUAGAAUGUCUCUGCGAUCUCUUCAAGUCGACCCAAUUCCGACCAAAUCCAAGAGUGAAAACAGAUUGAAAAGCUCAAAACAAAGGCAAUUGGGUGAGUAGCUGCGGCGCUGAGCUAAGUUGGUCGCCGUGGGGGUGUGCUCCAUUUGGGAGGAUCCUUGAAUCUAUGUGGUUAAAGCUGUAUGCUAUGUUAAAAAAACAAUGGAAUAUACAAAAUUUACCAUACCAAUCCAAUGUCAAUGGUUAUCUCUUUUGCUUUGUAUAUUCACUUAGUUAUGAAGGUGGCGCCUACGCUUUUUGGCCACAUGCAACCAUUUGUCACAUAGCUUUGAAUUCUGAGAACAAUUUGUCG